GGUUCAUCUACCUUGUAUCUCUCUCUAGCCACGCCAUCAUACCACUAGAUCAAUGUUUCGGGCAGCCAGGAUUAGAAGCUACUCCAUCGAUCCAGCGCUUGUAGUCAGCACUCUCACAGAAUCUCUACAACAACUACAUGCUUACGUGGGUCUUCCGUGGUACGCUUUGAUACCGUUAACAACCUUUGGGUUGAGAGCAGUAUGGACGUUUCCUCUAGCUCUUCUACAAAGACUACGCAUCCAGAAACAAAACAGUCUUCGACCUAUCAUAGCGGCCACGGGGCCUGCUGUUCGGUUUAACUUGGCCAAGAAAGCACUGAGUGCCGCCAAAGCCGCAGAUACAACCACUCCUUCGGUUCUAACGCCUGCAAAGAAAAUGAGAUACGAAGAAAUUAUGGUCUUAUCCACAAAAGAGGUGCGCAAAAGACAGAAGAAGCUAUUCAAGACGCACGACGUCCAGCUUUACAAGAAUUUUCUUCUUCCCCUUGCACAGAUACCGCUAUGGGUUUGUAUGUCAAUGACCUUUCGAGACUUGAGCGGCUGGUCGAGUUUAGAUGCGGUGGCAAACAAACCGUUAGAUCCAAGCUUAUACAGUGAAGGCGCUCUAUGGUUUGCGGACCUCACGACACUGGACCCAUUCCACAUAUUCCCUAUGGCCGUGGGGGUCAUUGCUCUUUUUAAUGUGGAGUGGACAUUCAAGACUUUUGAUUUGUUGAAAACCUCAUCUAGACGCAAGCUAUUCCGUCCGACAAUCACGGAUUCCUUAGCGAAUGUUUCUCGCAUGGCGGUCGUUUUUCUCAUGGCCGUUUCACUACACGCCCCAAGUGCGCUCACACUCUACUGGCUCAGCUCACAAUUGUUCUCUUUGAUUCAGAACAUAUUUUUAGACUUAAUGCUUCCGAUCAGUUUCACACCGAAAACACGGUUGAGCGCUCGGGAACAACGUAACCCAAAUGCAAUUGAUGUGGUGAACCACAAGGCUAAUCACUUGUAA